GCCAACAUCUUUCCAUCUCCGUGUGCAGACCAUUUACUCCAGACUCCUGUUACAACUAGCUGAAGCAUCAGUUUGCCCAACACGAAACAUCAAAGCCUCUUGGCUACUCCAUAAUCCGCCCCAAGAUCCACCAUGGCUGAGCAAAUCAUUCUCGACAUUCCCUUCCCGAUAGCAUACGCGAAGGAAGCAUUGGGCCUCACAAAAGAGUUAAUCAGAGACUCUAGAGUGGCUCUAUACACCUUCGGGCUGCACGGAGCGGAUGACAGCCUGGUUUCUGGCAUAUAUGGGAACUACGACACCGGAAGAAACCACAAGAAGAUCUGGUGGGCCCUACGUGUCGACUACGACAACGUCAAAGGCUAUCACAUCAAUGCUAAUAAAAUAGUGUAUCAGAGGGAUAGGGAGAUUGAGAGGAUUUCGUUGUGUGUAAAACCUCCCUGGAGGUCAGAGAGUGAGGACCAGGCAAUGUUCCUGGCGCAAACGCAGCAUUUGACCACAUGGACGGGUUACGAUAAACGGGCAGAAUAUAUUGCUCUAAAAUAUACAACGGAAAUGGAGCACCGGGACUACUUUGCUCGGCGAGUUCAGAGUCUGUGGAGUAAUGAGCACUGAGGACUUGUAUACGCAUGGUCUCUCAUUCUGUCUUCUUUUUUUAUUUUUUUUAUUUUUCGUUUGUACUUCUGAUCUGGAUAAGCUCAACAGUUUUAUUCUAUAGCCAAAAUUAAAGUAACGAG